AUGUCUGACUGGGACCAAGUCACCAAGAUUGGCAGCAAGGCCCGCGGCGGUGCUGCCGGCCCUCGCGAGACUGUCAUCAAGGGAAAGAGCGCUCUCAACGCCGCUCAGCGCAGCGGCGGCGUCGUUGCCACUGAGAAGAAGUUCGCUACCGCCAACGUACGUCGAGCACCUUCACUCAGCUCCCAGUCGUUUGAACCAGCUAACAUGCGACACAGNGCAGCCAGCAAGGGUAUCGAAGGCCAGCACUUGACCAAGGUCGACCGCAGCGAGGACAUUGUCGCAACCAAGAAGGUGCCGGAUGAUGUCGCCAAGGCACUCCAGCAGGCCCGCCAGCUUCUCAAGAACCCCAAGGGCGCCACCAUGACCCAGAAGGAUCUUGCCUCCAAGGCCUCGGUCGAUGUCGCCUACGUCGCCGCUCUCGAGCGUCCUGGUGCCGACUGGCCAGGCAUGGACUUUGUCCAGAAGAUCCAGAAGGCCGCCAACGUCCGUCUUACCGGCUCCAAUAUUGGUGCUCCCAUGUUCGGCCCCAAGAAGAAGUAA